UUCAAACUGUUUAAAUAAGCCCUUUUCCUUUCCUUACUUUUCUCUCUCCUCUCUAUAGAUUGAUUGCUUAGGACAACCCUUUCAAAAAAUUUCUUGCCGGAUUUAAAUUAUUUUUCCUCAACAAUUUCCGGCUUCAAUCUUAAGUUACCGUCAUCAAUUUCAGGCAAAUAUUCUUUCCCUUCACUUAUACUUGUAUAUUAUAUUGAAAAACUAGGGUUUUCAGUGAACCUAGGGUUUUUGUUUUGUAUGAUCUUUCUUGUUUAUUAUUAUUAGAAAUGAAAAGAUUAAGAUCUUAUGAUGAUGAUCUUGAUUCAGUUGGUGGUGGUGGUGGUGGUGGUGGUAGUAGUGAAAAAGGAGGAGGGAGUCGGGGGGGAGGAGGAAGAAGAAGAGAGAAGAAAGAUCUUGAUCGUUCAUUAUCGUCGUCAUCACAUAGAAGAUUUUAUGAUCGGAAAGGAUUAUCGUCGUCAUCUUCAUAUGAUCGAUCUAUAGACGAUGAUCGUGAAGUUUCUAGAUCCUCUAGAAAACAACGAAUCGAUCAGGAUUCUUCUGAACCGUUCGAUCGCACUACUAGUAGAAAAAACAACUUUGAUAGGUACAGAGAUAAUAAUAGUGAUAGAGGGAUUCCAGUCUCAUCAUCAUCACCGAGAAAUGUAUACGGUGGUGGUGGUGGUGGUGGUGGUGGAGAUCGUGCUCAGUUGCAUCGACCAGACAGUGUUUCUGGGUAUAGAAGAGAUUAUCCAAAAGGAAUUAGGUCAGAAAGAGAUCGAUCACGAAGAGAAGGAAGUGUUUCUUCUAGACGAGAAGAGAGCAGUGUUUUUUCAUGGCGAAGAUCAAAUGUACUAAACAAAGAUUCUGAUGAGGACCCAAAGCUUAGUUCCGAUGUGAGUAGAGGAGCUACUAAUAAUAACCAACGUGUUCCUUCUGAAGAUAGAGUAAAUGUGAAAUCUCCCAAGGGUUCAUGGAGAGAUGCUAAAUCUCCACAUGGUCCCUCCAAAGAUGUUGUUGUUAAAAUUCCACAGGGUUCGUCGAGAUAUGCUGUUAAAUCACCACAGGGAUGGUCGAGGGAUAUUGCUAAAUCUCCGCAGGGAUGGUCUAGAGAUGCUAUUAAAUCUCCACAGGGAUCCUCGAGAGAAGUUGUUGUAUCUCCACGGGGAUCAUCUAGAGAUGCUGUUAAGUCUCCACAGGGAUCAUCGAGAGAUGUGAAAUCUCCUCCAUGGUCGAAAGAAUCAAGUUGUGAGCAAUCAAAGAGUGGGGAAGUGAAGAAGAAUGAUGAAGUUCAAAGAGAAAGUGGUAGUUGCAGUGAAAUGGAGGAAGGGGAGCUGGAACCUGAACCUGAGCCUGACAGUGAACCCAUAGAAAAACCUCAACUCAUUGCCGAAAAUCCUGUUGCGGAUAUGCGGGAGGUUGAGUACAAGAACAAGAUUGACCCAGACGUAGAAGAAUCAAAAUAUUUGUCCGAGGAGAAGUUAGAAGGCAAUGGAGAAAAUGGUGUUGAUGGAAAGCAAGAAACAAGAGGGUUGGUGAUGUUGCCAGAUACUGUGAAGGAAAAUGGAAUGUUGCCAUGUUCUGAAGAUAGUUCUGUUGAUGGAAUCAGUGGGAGCAAAGAAGUAGAUGAAGAAAAAGCAGAUGACAUGGAAGAAAAUGCUAGGUCAAAAAACGAGUGUGUACCCACGACGAACGUGAAUCCAAGACCCCCUGGUGAAGAGGUAGAAAGUGAGGGUGAGAGUGCAAUGAAAUUGUUGCCUUCCGAAGAACUACAGAAAGAUGGUAAAGGUAUUGAUCUUGAAGUCAAAGCUGAGGAUGUGGGUUUGGUUGAUUCGACAAAAGAAGCUGCAGAGCAAAACAGAGCACUUGAUGUAACACUUACGUUCACAAAUGAUAAGCUAACACAAAAUAUCAAGGACAAAGGUAAGAGUUUGGUAGUUUCCCCACCAAGUAAAGCUAAUUUGAAUAAAAAUGGUCCGUGCAUGGAAAGAGAUCUUCUGCUUUCCAGAGAUGAUGCUAUGGAAGGACCAAGUAGUAGGGGUUUUGAGUUGUUCUUCAGUCCUAUUGUUACAAGAAUAGAGAAGACAAAUAGUUCUGGUGUUAAUAAUCAGAAAGAUGAGAAGCUGAAAAUUGAGCCGCUUGAGCUUUGCUUAGGGUUGCCUAAUGUUUCAUUACCAUUACCACUUAAUUCUGUUGAUCCAAUCCCAGCUCCAAGUUCGCCUAGUCAUGCGAGGAGCAUUCAAUCUUUUCCAACCACGUUACGCUCAAACUCAGAUGCAUUUACGACAUCUAUGUCCUUUUCUGGUUCUCAGACAUUUGUUCACAAUCCAAGCUGCUCACUUACGCAGAAUUCAAUUGAGAACAACUAUGAACAAUCAGUUGGUAGCCAUCCUAUAUUCCAGGGGGUUGAUCAAGCUUCCCAUGGCACCUGGCCAGCACAGUCUUCAGUUGAUCUUAAACGCAAGGAAGUUCCACUGUACCAGAGAAUCUUACUGAAUGGAAAUGGGUCGCUUCAACCACCUCAAACGGCCCAAGGUGUUUUAAAUUCUCAAACUUCACAAGUACAACACCAUAAAGUAUCUGAAGGGAGUAAUAGUGGAGUCCCUGUUCGGCUAGAUCGGCAAUCAAGUCUGUCUAGACAGUUGUCAGGUUUACAGUCAAGACACCAUGAUGAUGUAAGGUCCCCUAGCAACAGUAUGGGUUCUCAAGACACCAGGUCAGAGUAUAGCAAUAAAAAGCGUUUGAUGAGAGAAAGAAGUAGUGGUAGUUUAAUCAGAAGUAACAGUCAAAGGGAGUUUGAGCAGCAGCUUGUGGUGGGUGGAACUGGCUUUGGUGAGAAAAUCAUUGCUAUGAUUGUUUUGGAACCGAUACAAGUAAUGGCGAGUAGAUUUCAGGAAAUGACAGAACAGUCUAUAGCAUAUUUAAAGAAGAUCACGUAUGAGAUGAUAUUGCAUGAAGAUAAGUGUGGGCAGUUGCAGAAAGCACUGCAGAAGAGAGCUGAUGUUACAUUGGAAACACUUUUGAAAUCACAUCGUGUUCAAUUGGAGAUAUUAGUGGCACUUAAAACUGGCGUGCGGGAUUUUCUUCAGCGCUCGAAUAGCAUUCCUUCUUCUGAUUUAGCUGAUAUCUUUCUCAACCUAAAAUGUCGAAACCCUGCUUGUCGUAGUCUGAUUCCUGUGGACGAGUGUGAUUGCAAAGUCUGCUUGCAGAAGAAUGGGUUUUGCAGUGCUUGUAUGUGUCUAGUUUGCUCAAAAUUUGACAUGGCAUCAAAUACUUGUAGUUGGGUUGGUUGUGAUGGGUGCCUUCAUUGGUGCCAUACAGAUUGUGGACUGAGAGAAUCUUUUAUAAGGAAUGGGCAGACUGUCACUGGGGCUCAUGGGGCCACAGAGAUGCAAUUCCAUUGUGUAGCCUGUGAUCAUCCUUCUGAGAUGUUUGGCUUCGUUAAAGAAGUUUUCAAGACUUGUGCUAAAGAAUGGAAAGCCGAAACUUUUUCCAAGGAACUUGAGUAUGUGAAGAGAAUCUUUGCUGCCAGCAAUGAUUGGCGAGGGAGAGAACUUCAUGAUAUUGCUAGUCAUAUGCUGCCAAGAUUGGAGAGUAAAUCCAGUGUUUCCGAGAUUUAUAAUUUUAUCAUGGGGUUCUUUACUGCAGUAAGUGAUUCGAAGUUGGGUAACAGUUCGUCAUUUUCUGCAAAAGAGUCACCUGUUAUAAAGCCAGGAGAAGGGAGUAGCAAUGGAGGUGUUGGUCCAGUCCAAGAAGCCAAGUGGUUGGUAGCUUCUGCUGGUACGGAAAAGGUUUCUCCUUGUGUGGAAAGUGCUGGUAAGGCUCAUCCCAUCUUAGACUGGGAUCAUAAGGUGGGGAAUAAACAUGUCAAGGAUCGUCAAAAAGAGUUGCUUACUAAUGUUGAUAAGAAGUAUGUCGUGGAUGAUUUAGAGAGCAUUGUGAGAAUUAAAAAGGCAGAGGCUAAAAUGUUCCAGGAACGAGCGAAUGAUGCAAAAAGAGAAGCAGAAGGCCUAAAGCGUAUUGCAAUUGCUAAGAGUGAAAAAAUUGAAGAGGAGUACAGAAGCCGCAUAACAAAGUUACGUCUGGUUGAAGCUGAGGAAAGACGUAAACAAAAGCUUGAAGAACUUCAGAUCAUGGAAAGAGAACACCGUGAGUACUUGAGUAUGAAAAUGAGGAUGGAAACUGAUAUCAAAGAUCUGCUUAUAAAGAUGGAAUCCACAACAGGGAACCUUGGUUCAUGAUAAUGAAGAUAAUUUUUGAGCCUUCAAAACCAUGCAUAUCUAUUUUUAAAGUGGCCACUACCCGCCUAGUUGAAUGGAAAGGCGAUGGUUCACUGGAAUCAAUCAGCUUUUGCAGGGCGUUUGGAUUUUAGGCUGCAAGUUCAAGAUUUCGAUCAGUCACGAAGGAAAUCUGCAAGCUUCCAUGAUAUUAUGUAAAAGUGGUUAACUUUACAUAAUAUCCAGAUUUCGAUCAGUCACGAAGGAAAUCUGCAAGCUUCCAUGAUUUUGCUCUGGCUCUUUGUCCUAAGAGAUUGAUGUGAAACUGCACCGCGGUGUUGAUAAGAAUGCCUUUGUUGAUUGCUGGGUCAAUGGAUAGAUGCUGACUAUGAUAUAGCAACCCAGACAUCUACAAUUAUGAAGCAAAUAGAUCGAAAUUCACAAGCACCUUCGUCCAAUCUCGUUUCAGCUUUCUCCAGAGGAAAAGUUCAAACCUGUGCUACACUGCUACUGGUGUUUUUGCAAAGCGAGGAGUCCUAAUGGAGCACACCAGAAUUCAAGAAAGAUUAUGUGGCAUCGCAGGAGUGUCGGGUUCAUGGUUAUCAAAAGAAAAUAGAAUAGGGGUUAUGGUUCACAGUGGAAGACCGGAAGUGAUAACUCGUUGUCAGAAAAAAGAAGAGGCGAGGUUUGUACUUAAGGGUGUAAAACUUGCCAAGUUUGGACUCUUUGAGAUAUUCACCUUGUGUAGUAUUCUCAUUCUCAGCAAUAGAGUUUAUGAAGUUCCUUCUAUUUUACCUGCUCUUAUUGUUAAUCAUGUUCCCAACCUUACGGGAUAUUUGGUUGUUUCAUUUCAUAUGUUUUUUGUUGAUUUUUUUGUUCUUCUUUUUGUCUACUAGAAUAUAUUGUAUGGGCGCCGCGUGUAAUGGCUCCUCAAUUCUGUAUAGCUUAUAUUUUCUGGUCCUCAAAUGUUCUUAACAAGCAUCAGUUUUGUUUGUUUUUCAGA